AUGUCUCGAGCUCUUGCCGUCGCCCUGCUCGCCCAGGGCGCCCUCGCGGCGGUCAACAUCCACUACAUGCCCGACCUGCCCGAGGUGACCCCGGCCCCGACGGCUGUCGAGAUCCCCGGCGUCAACCAGCUGGCCAACAUCGCCGCCGCCGCCGCCGCCACCGAUGCGCCCGGCGGCCUGGAGGCCUGCGCCGACGCCGAGAACCUGAUCCAGUUCUGCGUCACCGAGAUCCCCAACUUCACCAAGGCCGCCAACUCGGUCAUCGCCGCCUGCAUGUGCUGCUCCCGGUCCUCCUACGUCGCGCCGCUCUACAGCUCCUGCAAGAGCUACAUCACGGCCUCGGCGCCCCAGUACACCAACGACUACACCCUCGUCUCCAUCGCCUCCUCGCUGUGCACCGCUCAGGGCCGCGGCAUCUGCUCCGCCACCGGGCUCGCCAGCGGCACCGCCUCGGCCACGGCCUCGUCCAGGACCGCCCGGAGCUCGAUCACGGCCGCCUCGCGCCCGGCGGCGUGCAGCUCGUUCGCCUCCAUCAUCCAGUCGUGCUCCCGCAAGGACGACGACUUCCUCUCCCAGAGCGGCCGGCAGCAGGCCUCGUGCAUCUGCUACAGCGGCAGGACGUACACCACCAAGUUUGACGACUACGCCUCCUCGUGCGCCUCGUGGGCCAGGACCGGCCUGUCGAGCGGCUACUCUGAUAUCGCCGAGCUGAGCACCUUCUGCGAGGACUACCCGGCCUCCCGGACGACCUCCAGGGCUAGGGGCGGUAGUAGCGAUGACGACACGACCACUGCUGGCUCCGGCGGUGGCGGCGUCGGCGGCUCCGGCGGUGCGACGACCACCCCGGACAACGGGCCCAAGAGUACCGUCACCGUCCCUCCUCCCACCACCACGGCCCCUCCUCGCAGUCCGGCAGCUCGCAAUGCCGCCAGCGGACUUGUGGUCCUGGGAGCCGUCUUUGCCGGCAUGCUUCUGGCAUAA